AUGGCUACUCCCGACGUGGCAAACCCGGUAGCCCCCACCAUUGGCGAACGGGUGGAGCCGUUCCAGGACAGCAAGAAGGUCCAGCAGCACAAUGUGAACACGACUUUGUACUACUACAACGAAGAAGAAGGCGGCAACCCCCCUGCUCCGGCAUAUGUUGGCCGCCCCGAGACUGCCAUCGACCGGCCGGUAGUCCCAGUGAACGUGGUGGUGACGGAUAUAACAGGCAGCGAAGACAAGUAUGCGCUUGACAGCCAUGGCUUCCAAAUCUACCGCCACGAGAGCAAGGAAAAGGAGUUUGUCGACGACGACAAGAUCAAAGCCGAGUAUUACGCCGAGACGGAGCAGCUUUUGAAGAACGCAACGGGCGCCUCAAGGAUCUUCAUCUUUGAUCACACCAUCCGGCGCCAACCCAAGGACUCGAGACCUGCCGAACCCUCGGCCCGCAACAUCCUCCGGGGACCUGUUCGUCGCGUCCAUAUCGACCAAUCAUACACGGCGUCCAUCAGCCGCGUGGCCCAUCACCUGCCCGACGAGGCCGAGGAGCUGCUGCAGAAGCGCUUCCAGAUCAUCAACGUGUGGCGUCCGAUCAAGACAAUCCUCAAAGACCCGCUCGGAGUCGCCGAUGCACACUCGGUGCCCGAGUCGGAUCUCCUCGGCGCUGCCCUCAUCUAUCCCAACCGCAACGGAGAAACGUUCGUUGUCAAGCCAAACCCGGCCCAUCGCUGGUAUUUCAAGUACGCCCAGCGGCCCGACGAGGUGACGUUGAUCAAGUGCUUCGACACCCUUGACCAGCCGGGCGUCGCCCGCCGUAUCCCGCACUCGGCCUUCACUGACCCCGCCGAGGAGGACAAGUAUCCUCGCGAGAGCAUCGAGGUGCGAGCGUUAGUCUUUUACGACUAA